AUGGACCAAAAUAAUGACAGCUCAACUGAUUUCAUCCUCCUGGGGUUAUUUCCAGGGUUCAGGUAUCCCUACCUUCUCAUCCUUAUCGUCCUCCUCAUCUACACCAUUGCCUUUGCUGGAAAUGCCCUCCUGAUCCUCCUCAUCUGGUUGGACUCUUGCCUCCACACUCCAAUGUACUUCCUGCUCAGCCAACUCUCCCUCAUUGACCUGGCCUAUAUUUCCAGCACAGUCCCCAAGACAGUAACCAACUACUUCACAGGGAAGAAGAACAUUUCCUAUUUUGCUUGUGCAACUCAGCUGUUUUUCUUUCUCACCCUUGGGAUUGCUGAGUGUGUCCUGCUGACCCUUAUGGCCUAUGACCGCUAUGUGGCUGUCUGUAACCCCCUGAGAUACACAGUGCUCAUGAGUCCCCAGGUCUGUUUGCAGAUGGCUGCUGCGGCCUGGAUAGGAGGAGCUCUUACAGCUCUUGUCCAUACCAUCUACCCAAUGCAUUUCCCUAUCUGUAGCUCUAGGGAGAUUAAUCACUAUUUUUGUGAGAUGCCUGCUAUCUUGAGACUAUCUUGUGUGGACAAAUCAGCCUACGAGAUGGUGAAACUUGUGACCACCAUUUUGUUUCUCCUAGCCCCAUUUCUUCUCAUUCUGUCAUCCUACACCCUCAUCUCCCUCACUGUCCUGAGGAUGAACUCCCAAAUGGGGAAGAACAAAGCCCUGGCCACCUGCUCUUCCCACCUGACUGUAGUGAGUCUCUUUUUUGGUCAGGCCAUCUUCAUCUACAUGACACCCAGCUCUUCUCAUACACCUGAACAAGACCAGAUUGUUGCUGUUUUGGGCACCAUGGUGACCCCCAUGCUCAAUCCCCUCAUCUACAGUCUGAGGAACAAAGAAGUAGUAGGGGCUCUGAAGAAGAUGAUAAGAAGGUUUUGCAGCUGUGAAAUAAAGCAUGUCUAA